UGUUGGAACCUCCUCCCAUUCCUCAGCAGCAUGAUAAGAAUUAACUGGUAGACAGAAAUGCAAUUAUUGAGACAUGUGGAUAUAAAGAAAUCCAUAGCUCCAUUUAAUUGUCUUCUACCUCCUUUAUUUGGACUCACAGUUGCAUGUAUUAGCCAUUGUGUCUAUUAUAGAUUGUUUUCAUGGAGCGUCUGGGAUUAACCUCAAGAGAAAUCCAGUGCUGAACAUGUUUAGUCUCCUGGUAGCUAAAGACUUCAUGGAAGAUUGCAAAAGAGGAAAGCAAUUUUGUUAUCUUUGGGCAGACUGAGACAUUUGCAAUUUAUGGACCAGUUAUUUUAUCGAUCCGAUGGAUUGCAUAAUCAGGAAUACAGUACACUGACACUAAAAAGCAAUGGAAAUCAAGUACUGUAUGUAUUGCUGUGAUUUAUCUACGACAUGCAAAUGACAAUGUAAAGGAAAAAAUCAAAUGCAAUAAACAUUUUACUUGUGAUAUCAUAAAGCAAUACAGAGUGUUUUGCUUUCCUUCACCAUCAACCAUUACCUAGCAAUAUCUUUCUCUUGGACAAUGUCACAAUUUUUGGAUUGGUUCGUUCCCUGCUAUCUCUUUCUCGCAAUCCUCAUAAUGGUAGGAUUUGGAGCUUGCAUAUAUUACUUUGAGCCAGGCUUAAAGGAAGCACAUAAAUGGAGGGCUCAAAGACCUUUAUUGGAGAAAGAUAUCCAAAAGACUCUGAUGGUGCGAGAUAAUCUAGCAUACAGUCUUCCUGAUAUUUAACAUAAAUAGGCAAAUUUUGUAUUGUGAAUAAUUUGCCUGAUCUUUUCUGUACUAAAAAUGUCUGCCACUAUUCAUAAAUGUAUAUAAAAAGCAUAUUCCUAUGUAUCAUUUAUACAUGUUUAUUUAUGUAUCACAAAUUAAGAAGAAACUUUAUUAAAGUGGUUCAGUUUAAGUGCUUUUAAAGGAAAUGUCUCUUUACCAUGUAGCAAUGUGGUUCAUGAUAUCCCAUAAACAUUUAUAACUGGUUAUUUGUUGAAAACUGACAUUUAUUUUAGUAAUUACUAAAUAACUGCAAAUCUUUUAUUGCCCUUUGCUAUGUGCCUAUUUUUAAAAACAAUUAGAUUGCCUGCAUGUCUUUUUUUUUUUUAU